CCUGCGCGACCCGGAAGUGGCCGUGAGGCGCGGCAGCCCGGGCGCCGCCAGUCCCGGCCCGUUCCCGUUCUCUGCUUCCCGCUGCCCUUCCAGGCUCCCUGUCGCUUCCUGGGCUUGUUACCAGUCCCGCUCCCGCCAUGGCCACCGCGCGGGCACCGGCGGCGCGCGGCGGGGCGCGGCCCCCCGAGCCCCCCAGGGCCAAGGCUGCCGAGGAGGCCGAGCCCGGCCCGGCCCGGCGGGCGCCCAUCUUCUACGGGAGCCUGGAGGAGAAGGAGCGCGAGCGCCUGGCCAGGGGCGAGCCCGGCCUGCUGGCCAAGGAGGGCAUGAGGGCUGCCCUGGAGGCUGGCAACAUCAACAUCAGCAGUGGGGAGGUGUUUGACCUCGAGGACCACAUGAGCGAGCGGCAGGCCGAGGUGCUGGCGGAGUUCGAGCGCCGCAAGCGCGCGCGGCAGAUCAACGUGUCCACGGACGACUGCGAGGUCAAGGCCUGCCUGAGGGCCCUGGGGGAGCCCAUCACGCUCUUCGGAGAGGGCCCCGCCGAGCGCAGGGAGAGGUUAAGGAACAUCCUCUCGGUGGUCGGCACAGACGCGUUGAAAAAGACCAGGAAAGAUGAUGACAGAUCCAAAAAGUCCAAAGAAGAGUAUCAGCAAACCUGGUACCAUGAGGGCCCACGCAGUCUGAAAACAGCCAGGCUGUGGCUGGCCAACUACUCACUGCCCAGGGCAGCCAAGCGGCUGGAGGAGGCGCGGCUGCUCAAGGAGGUUCCCGAGGCCACCAGGACAUCCCAGAGGCAGGAGCUGCACAAAUCCCUGCGGUCCUUGAAUAACUUCUGCAGUCAGAUUGGGGAUGAUCGCCCGCUGUCCUACUGCCACUUCAGCCCCAACUCCAAACUGUUGGCCACGGCCUGCUGGAGUGGGCUGUGCAAGCUCUGGUCUGUGCCUGACUGCAACCUGGUUCACACCCUACGAGGACACAGCACCAACGUGGGGGCAGUCGUGUUCCACCCCAAGGCCACCGUGUCCCUGGACAAGAAGGACGUGAGCCUGGCCUCGUGUGCAGCUGAUGGCUCUGUCAAACUCUGGAACCUGGAAAGCGAUGAGCCGGUGGCAGACAUCGAGGGACACAGCAUGAGAGUGGCCCGUGUGAUGUGGCACCCCUCAGGGAGGUUCCUGGGCACCACCUGCUACGAUCACUCGUGGCGCCUGUGGGACCUGGAGGCGCAGGAGGAGAUCCUGCACCAGGAGGGGCACAGCAAGGGCGUCUACGACAUCGCCUUCCACACCGACGGCUCCCUCGCCGGCACCGGAGGCCUGGAUGCCUUUGGCCGGGUGUGGGACCUGCGCACAGGCCGCUGUAUCAUGUUCCUGGAAGGGCACCUGAAGGAGAUCUACGGGAUCAACUUCUCCCCAAACGGGUACCACGUGGCCACGGGCAGUGGGGACAACACCUGCAAGGUGUGGGACCUGCGGCAGAGGAAGUGCAUCUACACCAUCCCUGCCCACCAGAACCUGGUCACCGGCGUCCGGUUUGAACCCAACCACGGGAAUUUCCUGCUCACGGGCGCCUACGACAACACGGCCAAGAUCUGGACCCACCCUGGCUGGUCCCCACUGAAGACACUGGCGGGGCAUGAGGGGAAGGUGAUGGGCCUAGACAUCUCCCUGGAUGGGCAGCUCAUUGCCACCUGCUCCUACGACAGAACCUUCAAGCUCUGGACAGCCGAGUAGCUCAGAGGGGCCGGUUACGGACUGGGAUGGGGACGUUAAUGACUUUUGGUUGCUUUUUUAUAUUAAAGAAAAAACCAGGAA